CAUCAGAUGCAUCAAAACACAGCUGUCAGGAGGGCGAGGGGCCGGUCCGGGGGUGCCUGCUGUAUUCAAGGCUUAGUAUGGAAGUCUUACCCACAUAUAUGGAUGUGGAGCACAGCAGAGCAUAUAUCGACCAGCUGUAUUCUAAUGACUCACAGAAAUGCUUCCAGGCCGUGAGCGAGUUGAAGUUCGCGGUGAUCGGCAGCGUGCGAGAGAAGGGCUCCAUCAUCGAGCAGGGGGUGGUGGUGCGGCUGCUGCAGAUCCUGCGGGCGCCUGAGCUGGAUGUGCUGCUCAAGACAGAGGUGGUGACAGUGCUCAACUCACUGGCCAAGGGGCUGCCCGAACAUGCCACAGCACUGGUCCAGGCGGGGCUGCUGCCAGUCCUAUGGGAACAGCUGGAGACAUGUGCGGGAGGAGGGGGAGGUGGCGGCGGCGGUGGCGGGGGCGGCAGUGCGUACACCCAGAUGCUGCUGUGUUGCCUGAGAUCCAUAUAUCGUCAUGGGUGCGCUCCACCGCCACCAGCCUGGGACCAGAAGCUCCUCUCCACCCUCAUCCAGCACGGCUACCAUCCACCCUCCAACCAGGAGUGUGUGGCCAACAUCCUUGCUCACGCCUGCAAGGUAUCCAGGACCCCAGAACAGCAGCAGCAGUUGGUGGACGCGGGCGGGGCAGACCUGGUGGCCUGCAUGCUGUGUUCCCCUGUGUCCAGGGUGCAGCUGCCAGCCCUGCACUGCCUCACUGCCAUGUGCUUCAACAAUGAGAGAGUGUCAUCUAUCAUCGCCACCAAGAGCUACGGAGGCAAGGCCGUUCCAGACCUACUCGUGGGGCUGAUGGCGAGAGACAGACCACGGGACAUGCAGCUGGCCGCAGCCACUGCCCUCACCUUCCUCCACAGAGCCGGGGCCAUCUCUGCCGACGACCCCAAGAUCAUAUACAAGACCCUGCAGUGUUUGGUGCGGAUGUGUCGGCGUGACCGGGAGGUGUGGGAGCGAGUGGAGGCAGCCAACACCUUAGCCUACCUGACGGAGGUGAGCACGGAGUUGCAGCGCACAGCGGCCAUGACCGACCACCUCAUCCACACCAUGAAUGACUACCUGAAGGACACCACGCCACCUAACGCCGCCGUGCCCCAGGGUAUCUCCGUCUCCCCGGUGUCCUGCCGGCAGUAUGACAACCCCAGCACGUGGCCGGAGCUGAUGCUGGAGGCGGCACUGAAGGUGUACGCGUCGCUGGGUGCCAACGACGAGGACAUUCGGCAGCGCGUGAUCAAGACAGACGUGCUCAUGAACACCAUUGUCACCUCCCUCUCAGCCGCCAGCCCCCCGGUGCAGCUGGCGGCCGUCCGGUGCCUACACUCACUCUCACGGUCGGUGCACACACUCAGGACGACUUUCCAGGACCAUGUGGUGUGGCGGCCCCUCAUGACUGUCCUCAAGACCUCCAACAACGAGGAGCUGGUCACCGUCUCGUCCUCCACCCUGUGUAACCUGCUGCUGGAGUUCUCGCCCUCCAAGGAGAACAUCCUGGACCAGGGCGCCGUAGAAUUCCUGUGCGGCCUGACCAGACGGCCGCAUCCCGGGCUGAGGCUUAACGCUGUCUGGGCCCUCAUGAACAUGGCCUUCCAAGCUGACCACAGGGUGAAGGUGUCCAUCUUGCUCCACCUGGGAACAGACCAGAUCUUCCGGCUGUUGUCCGACACAGACGUCCACAUCCUCAUGAAGACGCUGGGCCUCCUCAGGAACCUGUUGUCCACCAAGGGCCACAUUGACCAGAUCAUGCAGUGCCAUGGCAAGGAGAUUAUGCAGGCCAUCAUCCUCAUCCUGGAGGGGGAGCACUCGGCGGAGGUGAAGGAACAGGCUCUCUGCAUCCUGGCCAACAUUGCCGACGGGGACAUCGCCAAGUCUGCCAUCAUGUCCAAUGAAGACGUCCUCAAGAAACUCAUGAAUUAUAUGGUCAUACCCAACGUGAAGCUCCAGAUCGCUGCCACCUUCUGCAUCAGCAACCUCAUCUGGAAUGUGGAGGAAGGCGCGACGGAGCGGCAGAACAAGCUGAGGGAGAUGGGUGUGUACAAACUGCUGCAGAACCUCAUGACCACCACCGACACGGGGCUGUUUGACAAAGUCAAGACGGCGCUGCAGCAGUUCCACUAAAAUCAGGUCUUCGUGCGACAACUUAGUCUUACUCCUCUCCUUGGGCAGGGUAGGUUGGCCAGUCUGUACGCAGCUCUCCAUUUAGUACUCAUGCUGGGAGAUGCUGGAGGGUGAGGGUUGAGGAGAGGAAGACUGAGGAGGAGAUUUGUUUUUAUCUUUUUUAUGGGAAUGGAAACAGCUCAAAGGCAAUAAACAAAGAAGAAAACAAAAAAAGUAUUGUCCACGGAAUGAUCGGAGAGAAGGGACUGAACGGAGAACAAAUGUAUGGCGCAGGGGGGGGAGUGGGGGGGGACGGCAAGGCAUAGUGGCCCUGUAUGAAAAUGAGAUUAAGCCAGUGGGACAAAGAGGAAAAAAUGACUAGACAAUUGAGGUAAGGAAUAAAAAAAUAGCCUAUCUUUUCAGAAUAAAAAUAUUUAAAAAUUCUUUAUUUUUAUAACGACUCAAUUUUUUUUCUAACCAGCUAUGAUAUAUCCUGACGCCUCAUCCUCUCACAGAAAACUUGCUCUCAAAGGGGUGACUACUUUAGAAGGCUCCAAUUUCCCCUGUCCCAGCACUCCCUCUCUACAUAUUCAAUCCUUACCUGUAAACUGUUUCUUUUAAAUACCUAAUACCAGGGGCGGAUUUAUGGUGUGCAGGGCCCAAGGUCGGUGGGAAUGCUUGGCCCUAAACAGGGCGUCAAAGCUGUGGUGUCAUUUAUAAUUUAAUCAUAAUCAAGAUAAUCAUCAAAAUAAUUGUAAUUACAUACUUGUAAAUUCAUGAAACCAAUUAAUGAAAAUAAUUUUGUUCAUAAAUUACAAGACUAUAUAAUUAUACAGUAUUAUUUAUGGAAGAAAAUAUUAAUUGCCAAACUGACUUAAAAAGUUCUAGUUUUAUUUUAUUUGUAUUGUGAAUUUUUUUGUGACAAGAAAAAUGACAAACAAAUAACAUAUUAACGGGUAACUGAUAAAAAUAUUUGUUUCCCAAUAAUACCGUACCUCAAAAAAAGUUCUCCCCUAGGGACCAAGGUGCCUGUGUAGCCUUUCAGGUGCGGGACCCUUGUGGGCGCGGGGCCCUUCUGGAUGCGGGGCCUGAGGCCAUGGCCUUCUUGGCGCCCCCCUAAAUCUGCCACUGCUUAAUACUCAUCUACUCAAUGCAUUUCACAGGUUGUCUUAUCGUUUUCCUCAGUCUUCCUCUCUUACACACUCUUAACCUGAUCCUCAAUUUUCAAGACCACAUUGUUACCCGUUAUUUGAGUGCUAAUAUGAAGGGAGUUUACAGCCUGGUGCACAUGCUCUCCUUCUCUCCAUAGAACAUAUAUAUCAUACAUAACAUAACGGCAGGCUAGAGUGCUACAGGUUCAAUUUUGUUAUGGCCGGGGCAUGCGCUUCCUGGCCCGGAGGUCGCGUCGCCAGUGUCGUCUAUUUUAUUGUCUUCUGAGCCCCUGAUGUGCUGGGAUGGGAUUGGAUUCUCCUCAUGUUAAAGCCUUUUUUAUGCUGUUUUUACCUAUCAUCAUGUGUUCAAUUUGUAUGUAAUUUUGUAUAUACUAAUGAUAUCUCGUGAAGUGAAAACUGACUGCAGACGCGCUUGAAAGUUUUAAAUGGCGGUUAGAUAUAUUUAUGGACGGGGAGGGAAGUUGGUGAAUAGCCCACUCUCAGGAGCUGCCCUGUGUAGCCUGUCUUGUAGUCUCCUAUAUCCUUGUGUAUCCUUGUCUAUGUAACUGACUAUUUUACUAAUUACUCCGAUAAUUAUGACACGUCUUGUUGAGCUCCUUGAGAGAAAAGCCAACUUUUACUUUAUUGUUCCUGUGUUUGUGGUGAAGCACUAAACCAGCUUUGUUUUAUUGUUUGGCGAUACACAAAUGUAUAGUUAAUUUAUUUUUUACUGCUGCAGGGACAAGUGUGGUUCAGUUAAUGUGUGGCGGGUGGCCUCAGGACCACCAUUCAUAGCGCACACACAUGCUGUUGUAUCAUAACUUUCCGGACCUUAAUUUGUACAUAUACACUUUUUCUUUUUCAUUUAUGUAUUUUUUUCUUGUUUUGGGUAGAGGCAGUUGUAGGAUGGUCACUGAAUGUUGAACCUCAAUGAAAAAAAGAGAGAAUUGAUGGAAAGUGGAUGAUGAUGAUUAUUUUAUUUUGGGUUUGUUUGCUAAUCUGUUCACAUCAUUCAAAACUAGUUCUCAUAUCGACAAAGCAGGUAUUUUGGAAAUUUUGGCUGAUGUAUCCUAUCUUUCUAUUUAUUUUCUAUCUACUCUGACACCCACUCCUUGGAACUCCCUCUGGCGUGGAGGAGAGUAAAAGCGCUAAAAGCUGUCAAAAGUUCCAAGGCUACUAAAGUCAACAUUUAUAUGUGUGCGUGACCUGACAAAAUAUCCCACCACUUCCAACCUGCGUGGAGGGAUACACAAUUUGUUUUUUCAUCAAUAUUACAUUUUUGUGUUUGUCUCUUUGAAAUUUACUACUUUUUUUCUAUGAAAUCUUUGAAAAUUCAACUUCGUUUCCAUAAUUUCCAGGCUAAUCAUUGCAGUAACUGAUAAAGUGUUUAAACCAUUAGAACUGGCUUGAAAUUUUGUAAUUUUUUUGUCUAAUGAGGUUUUACAAAGAAAUGUACCUAAAAACAGCUGGGUUUUUUUGUGUCGUUGAGGCACACACUACAUUUUUUGUGUCGUUGAGGCACACACUACAUUUUUUGUGUGCCAGAGGGAUUAAAGCAAAAUUAUAAGAAAUUUAAAUACCAAAUUUUCAAUAAUUUUCAUUCUUCUGCAUCAGCUCAGUAUUCCAGAGGAUUUUUUCCUAAUAGAUAUGAGUAGCAGUUGUAAGAGUUUAUUCCAGUGACUGAAAAUAACACAGCUCAUAUUGAGGAAACAGCUCCAUCACACCGUUUCUUUUUGAAGAACAUAAUCAAAUAUUAAUGGGAUGUUCUCUUGGCAUAUAGAAAAUAAACAAUGCAGUCGAACCUUAAUGAUACGUUCCCUUGGCAUAUAAAGAAUAAAGAACGCAGUAAGAAAAUGCUAUUCAAUUUUUCAUUGUAUUUAUAUUUGAUUGAUAAUGACCAAAGAAAAAAUGUUAUGUUCUCUUGGCACAAAAAAAAAUAGAGAAUGCAUUAAAAUGAACAAUAUUUUCAUUUGUAAACACCCACUCCGGCUAUAUGGGAACAUAGCACACCUCCCAGACGUUGAUCCUGCUCACAGGGUUGUUUCUGUAUGAGACAACCCUGAGUGGAGGAGACCAAAAGGACACCCACAUAGCUCAUGACUCGGGCAAGUCGAUCGGUCCUGCCAGGAUGGACUUGGGAUGGAUCUUCGGCAGGAGUGAGUGAGAAGUGACACGCCCCCAGGUGUAUGCUCCCCGUUAGUUAGCUGUAUUUGAUUGAUAGUGACCAAAGAAAAAAAUAUGUCAUGUUUGCCGUAAAAAAGAUAAAAUGACAUUCUCUUUUUCGUCAGCUUUAUGAUUGAUACCAACCAAUAACAAAUUUUAACAAUGUCGGUGCCUGCUUAAUACCAUCACUGUAAACUGGUUAAAGGUAAAGACAUGGAGUUUUUGCAAUCUUUCUGACUGACUCGUCGGAACGGACUAUAAUGAGGAAUGGGUGGGGAUGCAUACAAAUUGGAUAGGACACCCAGUUAUUUUAUUUAUUCAUUAUUAUUAUUUUCCGUUACACAUUUGAGGAACACAAAGGCAAACUCACAAGCAGCAGAGGGUAAUGAUGAUGCAAUGUUUAUGUACUAUUAGUGUGGCAAUGCCCUUUAUGUAGUGUUAUUUAUUUAUGUGAUUAGUGCUCUCUCUCUCUCUCUCUCUCUCUCUCUCUCUCUCUCUCUGUUAUAAUUUUUUUUUACUUUUGUGCUCACAUAAUCCUUUUUUUUCCUCUCCAGUCUGUAAUAAUAAAUAAAGUAGUGCAUAUAACCUCAGUUUUCUUUCUCUUCUCCUAUUUUUUCCUUUUUGUCUGAGUAUCAUAUUUUUUCUGUGUGUAGUGCUCCCACGAGGCUCUCUCUCCUCUCUGAGCUGUAAUAGUGAAUAAACUUGAAUAGCCUUAAUUUUUUCUCUACUCCUCCUUUUUGGGCUUUGUAUUCUGUGAUUUUUUUCAUUGGUAGCCAUGUAUGUAUGCUCUUGCUCCAUUUUCUCCAUCUUAUUUAUCUGUUCACUCGUUGCCUCUUGUGAUAAAUAGAGACAUAUCCUUAAUUUCCUUUCUGCACUCCUUUUCCUUUAUGGCUUUGUUCUCUAAGGCUGAGGCUGAGCUAUGUUCGUAUGCUCUAAUAUACUUCACCUUCCUCCACCUCAUUCUUGCUUUCAUCUGUUAUCUCAUUGCCUCAAGCUGAGUAAAGAAAGUGUCCCUUGAUAACCUCUGCUGAAAGUGUUGAAAAUGUAGUAUUUUAAAACAAAACCCUACUACUGUGAUCUUCCUUGGGCAAGACAGAAGUGAGAAGUCCACAGUGGAUAACCGCUGUUGCUUAAAGUGUAUAAAUUUAACACGGGAAAAUCUUAGUAUCGAUUACAAUUAUACAUAUAAAAUUAAAGGUACAAAUUUUCCUUUCUAAGAGUGCUGGAGGGUGUGAGGCUUUACCGUAGGUGCAGGAAAGGAGAGAAGACAGCAUUUGGUUCCUGAUGAUGACUUGGUUCCUUUUUAUUAUGAUGACAAUUUUGUUUUUCGUUUUGUUUUUUGUUUGUUUUAUAUGAAUGUAUCGACGAUUGAUAUUAAAAGAGCUUAACUUUG